UGCUAAUAUCAACAGAAUCGAGUCAUAAUUGUAAGAGCUGUAACGUUGCAAAAAAUUUGUUUUAUACAGUAUGAUAAAAGUUGUGAUUAAGUUUUAGAAAAAAUUUUAAUUUAUGGAAUAUUGACGAUAUUUAAGUUAUCUUAUUCUGUCUAAUGAUAUUAAAAUCAAAAUGUUCGUUUUGUACAUUGUUAUUUCGUUUGUUACCAUCACAAUUGUAAAAGGUGAAGGGGAUACAAUUUGUGACUGCCAGGAAGUCGGAAUAUUAAAGGAAAUAGUGCAACAAGUUCUGAUAGAGAAACGAAUGGAGUCUGCGAGACUUAGUAGGGUAGAAGCGAAACUGAGAUCAUGUGAGAAAACUAAGACGAUUCCAAAUGCUCGUUUGGCAAAGUUAGAAGAAAACAUGAGAGAUUUAAAUGUGAAAUUUAAUGAAACAGUUACCGGAACUAAGGGCAAACACACAGGACUCCACAUGGACAUCGGUGCAGUUAUGAAGAAGACAUUAAUGUCAGAGAAACAUGAAACGAGAAAAAUAGUUACAAACAUGAAUGAAAAAAUUAUGGAACAUAGGGACAUCAUUGAAACAUUUAAAGUCACAAUUAACAAUACAAUAGAAAAAUUCAUCCAAUAUAUUGAUGCCAAGCAAAUCAAACGCACGAAUGAAAUAAACGAAUUUAUGGAUGAUAUACAAAAUGGCACUGCAACUUUCAUCAGGACAGUUUCUAACAAUAUCUCUACAUUUAAAAAUGAAAUAAUUAUGGAAGUAAAUGAACGGUUAGAUAGCAUAAAAGAAGUGAAUAAAAGCGUUCAAUGGAUUUCAUCAGAUAUAAUCACAGUAAAUCAAAGUGUAGUGAAGACUGGAGACAUGGUGGAUAUACUGGGCAAAAUAGUGAAAGAAAACAAAGUUCGAUUGGUUAACGGAUCGAAUCAAUAUGAAGGGAGACUAGAAGUAUGGCAUGAUGGGACUUGGGGAACAGUAUGCGAUGAUGGGUUUGAUGUGAUGUCAGCAACUGUUGUAUGUAGGAUGCUAGAUUAUGAACAGACGAAUGCUUUGGUGUUCAAGUCCGCAUACUUCGGCGCUGGAUCACUACCAAUUCAGUUAGACGAUGUCAAAUGUACAGGAACUGAAACAAUCUUAUCUCAAUGUCAACAUAAAGGCUGGGGAAAACAUAAUUGUGGUCACAAUGACGAUGUUGGCAUUUCAUGUACACCAGUUCGAUUGGUCAACGGGUCGAAUCAAUAUGAAGGGAGACUAGAGGUAUGGCAUGAUGGGUCUUGGGGAACAGUAUGCGAUGAUGGCUUUGAUACGCUGUCGGCAAAUGUUGUUUGUAAGAUGCUUCAUUAUCCGAGAUCUAAUAUUUUCGUAUUUGGGGCUGCGUACUUCGGCGCUGGAUCUUUACAAAUAUAUAUAGACGAUAUUAAUUGUAAGGGAACCGAAACAAGCUUAUCUGAAUGCCCGCAUCUAGGCUGGAGGAAACAUAGUUGUGAUCACAAUGACGAUGUUAGCAUGUCAUGUGCACCAGUAAGAUUGGUUAAUGGAUCUACUCAAUAUGAAGGAAGACUGGAAGUAUGGCAUGAUGGGUCUUGGGGAACAGUAUGUGAUGAUGAGUUUGAUGCGCUGUCAGCAAGUGUUGUUUGUAGGAUGCUGAAUUAUCAACAGACGAAUUCUUUGGUGUUCAAGUCCGCAUACUUUGGCGCUGGCACAUUGCCAAUACAUUUAGACGAUGUCAAAUGUACAGGAACUGAAACAAUCUUAUCUCAAUGCCAGCAUAAAGGCUGGGGAAAACAUAAUUGUGGUCACAAUGACGAUGUUGGAAUAUCAUGUGUACCAGUCCGAUUGGUGAACGGGUCAGAUCAGUAUGAAGGGAGACUUGAAGUAUGGCAUGAGGGGUCUUGGGGAACAGUAUGCGAUGAUGCGUUCGAUAUGCAGUCAGCAACUAUAGUCUGCAAGAUGCUUCAUUAUCAAAUGACAAAUCCUAUUGUAUUCAAGUCAGCGUACUACGGCGCUGGAGCAUUACCGAUAUAUUUAGACGAUGUUAACUGCACGGGUACUGAAACAAGUUUAUCUCAAUGUCAACAUAAUGGUUGGGGAACACAUAAUUGUGAUCACGAUAAGGAUGUUGGCGUAUCAUGUACACCAGUUCGAUUGGUUAACGGAUCAACUCAAUAUGAAGGAAGAGUAGAAGUAUGGUAUAAUGGGACAUGGGGAACAGUAUGCGAUGAUGGGUUUGAUGUGCUGUCAGCAGCUGUUGUUUGUAGGAUGCUUCAUUAUCCACG